AUGGCGGCCGCUGCUUGCGGUCCUCACGCUGGCGCCGGCGGCAACACAACGAAGCCAGCACACAAAGAAGUGCGGAAAAGUAAGGAUUCGCGCCGGAGACAAGCUGCCCUGUUAUUUCUGAACAACAUAUCUUUAGACGGACGGCCGGUGUGCGCUCUCAGCAAUGGAGCAGCCGGCCUCAGAGAGCCCGGGCACCAGAGUGCUGAGGCCGGCGUACCGGCGGCGGCUCCCCCGCUGUCUACAGCGGCAAGCUACGGAGCCUUCAGCCAGCUGUCAGCUCCUGUCAGCGGGGGCACUAACGCUGCCCAUUUACCAAGGACUAACACCUACCCCUCGGCCCUGCUCCCCACCACAUUAGCCGGGUUCAGUCAGGGGAGCAGCGACGUAGUGUCGGAGUGGGGUAACGUUAAGGUGGAUCCUUUGUCGUCUCAGGGAUUCCCCCUUUCUCCGACCUCCGGACCACAGAAUCCCAGUUUAGUCUCCUGUAAAUCGUCCGUCGUGUCCUCCAGCUAUAACUCUGCACCUCUGGACCUCCGUCAUCGAACACGUAACCAGUCAGGGUCUCCAGGGCCGCGGGCCAAGAAGGUGCACUUCAUCAAGAACAUGAGGCAGUAUGACACUCGAGGCAGCAGGAUUGUUCUCAUCUGUGCUAAGCGGUCUCUGUGUACUGCUUUCUCUGUACUGCCCUACGGAGAGAGCUUGCACAUCAGUGAGUCAAAACUCGAGGCCCAGAGACAGAGGCACCCGUCGGGAGGAGUGGCUGAUAUGGCUCCUGUGCUGGAAGGUGUGGAACUGGGGGCUUUUGGAAAGACAGUAUCAUAUGCGCGGUUCCUCCUGCCUACCAACGCCCUGGUCAGACAGAAGAGCAAUGCACCCUUGGAUACAAGCACAGUGCAGACGCCAAUGCCUCGGAACUGGAUCAAUGGGCAGAAGAAUUUCACCCCGUCCCGUCUGAGCAGCGCCAUCGGACAAGAGUCUGGUGUGGACGAGAUGUCGGACUAUGACCCUAAUUUACUGAAUGACCCGCAGUGGCCUUGUGGAAAACACAAGAGGGUCUUAAUCUUUGCCUCAUACGUGACAACUGUUAUCGAGUAUGUGAAACCAUCUGACCUGAAGAAGGACAUGAAUGAGACAUUCAAAGAAAAGUUUCCUCAUAUAAAGUUGACCCUAAGCAAGAUAAGAAGUCUGAAGCGAGAGAUGUGCGCCGUGAGCGAGGAGUGUGGUCUACAGCCCGUUACCAUAGCAAUGGCCUAUGUGUACUUUGAGAAGCUGGUCCUGCAGGGUCGACUGAACAAGCACAACAGAAAGCUCGUGUCUGCCGUCUGUGUGCUGCUGGCUGCCAAGAUCAGCAGUGACCUUAAGAAACAGGAGGUCAAACUGCUGAUAGAUAAGCUGGAGGAGCGUUUUCGAAUAAGUCGGCGGGAGCUAAUUCCUCUGGAGUUUCCUGUUCUGGUUGCCUUGGAGAUGGCACUCUACCUCCCAGACAGCAAGGUCAUGCCGCACUAUCGCAGGCUGGUGCAGCAGGUCUAGGACCAAAGAAAGGCCUUCCAGGGCUUCUCCUGAAUGCAAAAGAAUUGCAGUUAGUCAUGGUGUUUGAGGGCUCUGUAGACCUGAGGGCUUUCAGCUGUGUCCAGCAGUCUUAUCAGUCAUGAGUCCAAAAACAGUCAGUCUUCCAUGUUACUUCAACCUUCAUAACUGACUAAUCGAGUUUUGUUUGCUGUGCUGGUUAGUGUGGAGGCUGAUAUACUGUGGUAAAUCACAAUUCUUUAAUUAUUCACAAAUGGUACAGUUUUUAUUAACUUAUCAAAUUUAUAUUUUUAUUGUUUUUUUGUUUUUUUUACUCAACUUUUUAAAGCAAUUUUUAUUUUUCCUAAUGUGCCAUGUUAUUUAUCACUGUAACUGUAUAUUUAUAUCAUACAAAUUCUUGCUGCAGGCAUUGUGUGUGAAGACUGACUGUAUGUUUCCAUAACUGGAGGUGGCAUAACUCUUGUUCCUUGCUGUGAGGAAUACAUGGCAUUCUGAAAGCUAUCCAACACAACACUCUAUGUUAGAGAUGACAUUUAUCAGGCACGUUAUUUGUGCCAUUAUGCUCUCAUUUCCGUGCACACUCCAGUUGUCUUUUUUUUUUCUUCAGCUCUCUAUUUCCACAGACUGUAGAUUGUGAUUGUACAGUGAAAUGUUAUGAGGAGCCAAACCAGUGUAUGUAUUUUGUAAUAAUAUUUUAUAUGUUCUUAAAAUUAAAGGUGCCAAAAGAGUUUCUUUUGCAUGAUGCCACAGAAUUUUUGGUUCCAUAAAUGACCUUUCAAUGGACGGUUCUUCAUCAAACACAACUGAAAUGGUUCUACUCAGGCAUUGCUCAAAAGAACCCUUUUUAGCACCUUUUUUAAGUGUAAUUUUACCAGUUUUUCCAUCGUUUAUGUGUAAUUCAGUCAGUUUAUCAUUAUUCAGAGUGGUUUAAUGUGAAGUGGUUCAUUACAGAGAAACUUAGUAACUGGAUUGACCUAGAGGUUGUGACGUCUUCAACACACUGUUUUACUUGCUGUAUGAAAUGACCAGUGAACCUACUCAUUUUCUGAGUUUUUAUAUGUAAUGUUUAUAAUGGUAAAAUAGCUGUAAAUCUAAAACACUGUUUUCUUUGGAUAAUAUUUUGCCUUACAACACCCAGUGUGUACCUUUCUGCCAUUAAUGGAUUGAAAACAUGUAAAACUCAAAACUAUGUAAAAUAAGAUCUCUGGCAGCAGGCAACAUAUUCGUAGCCAUUUCAUGCAAUCACUUACUGUGAGGGAACUUUUAGAGGCAUUAAACUCUGCCGAAGUUUGCUUCCUAUCACCACCACUGUGAACAAUUCUGACUCAGUAAGUUUCUUUAAAACAGUUUCACAUCAAACCACUCUGACUUUGGUAACAUCAUAACUUUAAUUAUGCAGACACUUUGAAAAAUCAGUGAAAUUGCCCUUUUAAAGAGUGCCGAGUGCCAAUUCAGUCAGGUUAGCAAUGGCAACUAUUCGGUUGUGCUGAGAUGAUUAAUGCUUAUUAUUUUAUAUGACUGUGUUGCUCAGAGGCAUCUUAUUUGGGAUGGAAACUUGCAGUAUUUAUUUCUCCAUAGCUAUGAGAAUUGCAUGAAAUGUUUUGUGGACGAUUCUGUGUCCUGUGUUUAUGUACGCACCACUGAGUAAUAGGGGCCGAGUGGUUAGUCCAAACACUGGAUGGCAAAAAAAUAGGCUUAUAUUUGCUAUACUGUGGUUUGUUCAGAAAAGGAGGGAAACUUCCCUUCUGUGAACCGGUCUCUGUUGUAUUGUGGUGUGCAGAGUGCAAUGCUACAUGUAUGUGUUUUGGCUGUUUACUGUACUGUAAGCCGUGCACUGGCUUGCUUGUUUCUGUUUGGACCUUCAGAUGAUAUCGUUCCUUAGCUUAGAAGGUAAUUCCACCAACAUUUCAAAGGUUCUUUGGUAUUCAAUCUUUGAGAUGUAAACAAAGUCAUAUGUAGUGAUUUGAUGUGAAACAUUGUAGAGAAACAUACUGAUUCAGAAUUCUUUAUAGUGGUGCUGAUAGGAACCAGGGCUCAUGAUGUUAAUAAUGAAAAUAUAGCCAUUUAUUUGCUAUACAAAAGUAGCAGUAAUAAUAAUAAGAAUCAGUGGGAAGUCCCCUUUGUUUGGGUGCUUUUCACAACCUUUCAGUGUCCUACAUGCAUCUCUCCACCGUUAAAGUAUUUUAAUGUUUUAGCCAAAAAUUUUAUCUCAAAACUGUGAUAAAACAUUGUCUCAAGCAUCAGGUAGUGUUUUCAUAAUCAUUUCAUUUUUAAACAUUCUGUGAGGAAGGGUUUAGAGGCAUUACACUCUUCAGACGUCUGGUUCCUAUCACCACCUAUUCUUUAGAACAGCACAUUUCACAUCAAACCACUCGGAAAGACAUUCUAACUAAUUAUCCUUAAAAUUUGAAAUAGCGGUGGAAUUCCCCUUUAUCAGCACCAAGGUAGCUCAGUGUGUAGCACAGCCCUGUGUAUGACUGGUAUAAUUUUCUUUUUAUAUGCAUUCAGCAGUGAACCAAGAUUCAUCAGAGAAUAUGAACUUGCAUAAAUUUAUAUUGUCUUUUAGUAUUUUAAGGUACGCAGCCACCCUCUAGUGGUGAAGAUAGCAUGAACUGACUGUGAUGUCCUCUUUUUUUUCCCCUCAGGGAGCGUGACUGAUGUUGUGAGCACUCUUUAUGAAACUUUGUAUGCUCUUCCAGCUGAAAGAAACUCCAUUUGUAGUAGAGUUGUUUAAAAAAUAGCUAUUUAUUUUCAAUAUAAAUCCUCAGAGUACACACUGUGAGUACUGCAGCAUGAAGUGCCUUUUUAUUACAUUGUUAAGUUUGCUGCCAUGCCAUGAGUCUUUACUUCAGUGUAUACAGGCUCUGCCCAUCAUCACCACACCAGCUUUGGAAAUGAUCACUUUCCAGAACUUCUCGGACAGUUCCAUCAUACAUCACAACUGCUGGCUUGUUCAUGGCGAGCUAGGGUGUGUCUGAGAUUGUGAGACGAAGGACAAUGAGAAACAAUGAGGACAAUGAGAAAUCACUGAACUACUCUUCUUGUGAACAUAUCACUAUUUUGUGUAUGAAGGCUUCUUCAUUUGGUACAACUUGAAGUGGUAGUUUAGUCUCAGACAAUGACGUUAUGUUUUUGUGCUGUAUGGAUGUGAAGUCUUGUAACGUUUCUUUCUGAUAAAAAAAAGAUUCUUUAAAAAUAUAUUUUUUAACUGUU